CCCCUUCUGCGUCGCUAGUCUUCGUGUGCUCCGACGUGAGCGCAAGCUACUCAAGAUUUCUCUGCAUUUUACACAUUUUAAUAAUGACAAAAAUGAUUUUAAACACACGUCAUCGUACAGCACUUGUAAGAUAAAUGUUUGUCAAGAUGCUGGUUUUGCUUCUGAAAGAGCCAAGAGAUGGAGACUCUGGGCCUGAUCCUUACAUCAAGGAGCUGGCAUCACAUGGCCUGAAAGCGACCCUUUUUCCUGUGCUAUCUUUUAAGUUUGUCUCAUUAAACACCCUGUCAGAUAAGCUUUUCCAGCCAGAGAAAUACGGCGGCCUCAUAUUUACAAGUCCGAGAGCGGUGGAAGCUGUGAAGAUGUGCAUGGAGGAAAGAAAAGAAGAGUGGAGCAGCUCAGUGAGAGACAAAUGGAACACAAAGUCCGUGUAUGUGGUGGGGAAAGCAACCGCCGCUUUAGUGUGCGGUAUCGGUCUAAACCCCCUUGGCAAGGACACGGGGACUGCAGAGGUCCUGUCGCGGGUCAUUAUUGAACGGGAGGACACAAAUAUUCCACCACUUUUCUUCCCAUGUGGCUCCAUCAAAAGAGAAGUCCUGCCAACGGCAUUAAGGGAACAUGGGUUUCCUUUAGAGACGCUGACUGUGUAUCAAACAGGAGAGCAUCCACAUGUGGAGAAAAAUCUUUGCAAUCAUUUUGCAGAGCAGGGCCUCCCGGCGAGCAUAGCUUUCUUUAGCCCGUCAGGAGUCAAGUUUAGCCUGGAGACCGUGCGGAGGUUAGCUGUUUGCCGCCAUCGGGCCCACGACACGGGACGCCAUGUUGGCGGAGGGUACGGCUUCAUGAAGCCGGUGAGGUGGGAAGAGACGCGGGACCAGGACUAUCAGGACGAAGACUACCUUGACGAGCUUCAAGCGACAAUCCAGGAGGGCUCCUCAGUGCCCCAUUCCAGGGAUCGUCCUCAAGACGGCGAAAGUCGAGCGUUUAUCUCAGCACUUCAAGAUUUCCAGCGGCUGUCGGGUCUGCCUGUGACCGGGGUGUUCGACCAAGCCACCCAGGUGGCCAUGAACAAGCCCAGGUGUGGCGUACCCGACCAAGAGCUGGACCUCAACCCCCCUGAGGCACCCGAGGAGGACUUAGAUGUGGAAAACAUCACCGAUGUGGACACUGAGAGUAACGACACGGCAAGCGACACGUGGUUGGCUGCUAAUGAUUCAGACUUACUUAACAUUACCGACACAAAAAGUGAUCUCUCUGUCGACACCAACACAACCGCGUCAACGAACACCUCUCAGAAUAGCUCCGACACCAGACGUCCGAGCCAAGCGGUGGUAAGCAAGAAACGCCACCUGUCCGCUCUGGUGUCUAAGAGCAGACGCAAGCGAGACGUGAGCGAGGUGGGACACGUGGCUUUCAGCAAGACCGUGCUGAGGUGGAGGCUUAUGGGCGAAGGCUACAGCAGUCAGCUGUCCGUCGAGGAGCAGAGGUACGUCUUCAGGCUGGCUUUCAGAAUGUGGAGCGAGGUGUCGCCGCUGGAGUUCUUGGAGGAUAACCGCUCGCCGCUGGAAGAUAUCGACAUCAGGCUCGGCUUCGGCACAGGAAGACACCUGGGUUGCAAUCAGAAGUUUGAUGGCACAGGUCAAGAAUUUGCCCACGCUUGGUUCCUGGGUGACAUCCACUUUGACGACGACGAACAUUUCACCAGUCCAAACGCCGGCAGCGGAAUCAGCCUCCUUAAGGUGGCAGUCCACGAGAUCGGCCACGUUCUGGGACUGCCUCACAUCUACAGAGCUGGAUCCAUCAUGCAACCCAGCUACCUACCCCAGGAGUCCAGCUUUGAGAUGGACUGGACGGACAGGAAAGCGGUCCAGAACCUCUACGGGGGCUGCCAGGGCAGAUUCAGCACCGUGUUUGACUGGAUCAGAAGGGAGAAGACCCCCUAUGGCGAGGUGGUGGUCCGCUUUAACACCUACUUCAUGAGGGAGGGCUGGUACUGGCUGUACGAGAACAGGAACAACCGCACACGGUACGGGGAUCCGGUGUCCAUGCAGGUUGGCUGGCAUGGACUCCCCGCAGACGGAGUGGAUGCCUUCGUGCACGUGUGGUCUCGGAAAAAAGACAUUAUUUACUUCUUCAAAGGCACACACUUCUGGAGGUACGACAGCGACAACGACCAGACCUUCAAACAGGACCCAGAAGGCCAACGCUAUCCGAAAAAGAUCUCCAAAGGUUUUCCGGGAAUCUCCGGUCCGAUCGACACGGCUUUUUAUGACCGGAGGGACUCCCGGAUUUACUUCUUCAAAAACACUCUUGUGUACGCCUUUGACGUGGCGUCUAAGAGAUUAACGGGAGGUUUCCCCAAACCCUUGCGAGACGUCUUCCCGCCAGUGUCCGGUAACGACCAUCCUGGAGGCAGCAUUGACGCCGCCUACUUCUCCUACAGCCACAACGCCAUCUUCCUCCUGAAGGGCACACGUUUCUGGCGGGUGGUCGGCGGCCGCGAUCGCAGGCGACGUCCUUCCUUGCCUCGGAACAGCCUGAUGGCGCAGCAGGAAGUCAACCGGCACUGGUUUGACAUCUGCAACGUCCACCCCACUGCACUGAGGCUGACGCCAUGA